AUGGUGGCCCUCAACAGGCGGAGAGCCCUGGAUCCAGGGUUAGGCUGGCCCAACAGGCUUCAGUCCCCUGGAGGAGGAAUCCUACCUGACAUUAUCGAGGCCUACUCCGGAGGCGAGCGGGGCGGACCGUUCAGCGCUCAGUCAGACCCGCGGGGAACCGGCCCCGUUACCCCCCCCCCCCUGGACCGGGGGGGUGAACCCGGUCUCUACCCUCGGGACCCGACCACCAACAAGCACAACAGGCAAAACAGCAGAGCCGCCAAGACCCAUGCUCCAGGCAAUGACACCAAGAUGGCAGAGGCCAUAUGGGAUGGCGUCGAGACCUCGCGGGCUGCUUAUCAACAGCGGCAGUACAAAGAGCGGACUGUAAACACCACAGGUACAGAUCCUUACCGCAACCAUCCACCUGCAAGUACCCUUGACCCCUAG